AGAAGACGAAAUAUAUCAAACAUACAAGCGACAGUUUCAAUUUAGAAGCUUUGGGGGCAAAAACUAUAAUUCUAAAGAAAUUGAGGAUUAACUUGCAAUACCUGACAUAAACGCCAACGCGGAAAAGCGUUUUCGUCCUGGCGUUUCGGGUAGUGUAACUUUAACUCGGUCUAGAUCGCAAUUAGCCCAAGUAAAUGAACAACAUUCUCGAGUUAGAGUAAAGCUACGCACGGAUCGUCGUCUUUUCUCUUCCAAAACGGCGAAUCGAAGCCGAGAUUCGGAAAUCUCCUUAGUAUCGAAGGAACCACCGCCAUAGAUAUGGCGACUAAGGCGGCAUCGUCUUCUACCCUCCCCAAAUCUGGAGCCAUCUCCAAAGGCUACAAUUUCGCCUCCACUUGGGAUCAGAGCGCUCCUUUGACUGAGGAGCAACAAGCAGCUAUAGUUUCUUUAUCCCACGCAGUCGCUGAGCGGCCAUUUCCUGCCAAUCUUGUACAUGAGCAUGUUCACCGGCCAGAGAAUGGCUUGUCUGUCUCAGCAGAGGACACAAACUUGGGGAAUUCUGGAACAAUUGAAGCUGUUUUGGUUAACACAAAUCAGUUCUACAAAUGGUUUACUGAUCUCGAAUCAGCGAUGAAGUCUGAGACAGAGGAAAAGUAUCGGCACUAUGUUGAUGAAACGCUCGACCUAUUUAAUGAGUUGCAGCUUCAACAUCAAGCAGUAACAACGAAGACUAAAACUCUUCAUGAUGCAUGCGACCGAAUGUUAAUGGAGAAGCAGAAAUUGAUGGAGUUUGCAGAAGCACUAAGGAGUAAGCUCAACUAUUUUGAUGAAUUGGAGAAUAUAUCCUCCAAUUUUUACUCUCCAAAUAUGAAUGUAUCAAACUCGAACUUUCUCCCACUACUCAAACGGCUCGAUGAGUGCAUAUCAUACAUCGAAAGUAAUCCCCAAUAUGCGGAGUCGAGUGUUUAUUUGCUUAAAUUUCGUCAGCUCCAGUCACGCGCCUUGGGCAUGAUUCGAACUUACAUCCUUGCAGUGCUCAAAACUGCUGCUUCCCAGGUCCAGGCAGCAUUUCGCGGGACAGAUGGAAACAAAGCAUCUGUCUCGGAGGGUGUUGAGGCAUCUGUUAUAUAUGUUCGCUUCAAGGCUGCUGCAAGUGAGCUUAAACCGGUAUUGGAGGAAAUCGAGAGUAGGUCAGCAAGAAAGGAAUAUGUUCAAAUCCUUGCAGAAUGCCACAGGCUGUACUGUGAACAACGGCUUUCUCUUGUCAAAGGCAUAGUCCACCAACGAGUAUCUGAUUUUUCCAAGAAAGAGGCACUGCCAUCUUUGACUAGAUCUGGUUGUGCAUAUCUGAUGCAGGUUUGCCAAAUGGAGUAUCAACUGUUUACACAUUUCUUUCCAGCAUCAUCAGAAGAAGUUUCAAGUCUGGCACCUUUAGUGGAUCCUUUGUCUACGUACUUAUAUGAUAUUUUACGCCCGAAACUGAUUCACGAAGCAAAUAUUGACCUUCUAUGUGAACUCGUUCAUAUCCUUAAAGUUGAAGUCUUGGGGGAGCAGUCCGCUAGACAGAGUGAGACCCUGGCCGGACUGCGGCCUACAUUACAAAGAAUUUUAGCCGAUGUUAACGAGAGAUUGACUUUUCGUGCCAGAACAUAUAUUCGAGAUGAGAUUGCAAAUUAUAUUCCCUCUGAUGAAGAUCUGGAUUACCCUGCAAAGCUGGAGGGAUCUCCUGAUACAACAUCUGAAACUAGUCUCGGGGAUGAUGAAAACGCUGAUGUAUUUAAGACUUGGUAUCCACCUCUGGAGAAGACGCUCUCUUGUCUAUCUAAACUAUAUCGUUGCUUGGAGCCUGCCAAAGCCAGCAAGCUUAUCAUUAAGCGAUCAACCACAAUGGAUGGCCAGAUGUUCCUUAUCAAGCACCUCCUUAUCUUGAGGGAACAGAUUGCGCCUUUUGACAUAGAAUUUUCAGUCACCCACAAAGAGCUUGAUUUCUCCCAUUUGCUGGAACAUUUGAGGAGGAUACUUAGAGGUCAAGCGUCACUUUUUGACUGGUCUAGGUCAACCUCCUUAGCAAGGACCCUGUCACCUCGAGUUCUGGAGAGCCAAAUAGACGCCAAGAAGGAACUGGAAAAAUGUCUUAAGACAACUUGCGAGGAGUUCAUUAUGUCAGUCACUAAGCUCGUUGUGGAUCCUAUGCUUUCAUUCGUAACCAAGGUCACAGCCAUAAAAGUUGCUCUUUCCACUGGAACUCAGAAUCCAAAAGUUGACUCUGUCAUGGCUAAGCCGCUAAAAGAACAAGCUUUUGCUACUCCAGAUAAGGUGGCUGAACUUGUUCAGAAGGUAUAUGCUGCAAUACAGCAAGAGUUGCUUCCGAUCUUAGCAAAAAUGAAACUCUAUCUGCAGAAUCCAUCAACAAGAACCAUACUUUUCAAGCCGAUCAAGACAAAUAUUGUGGAAGCGCAUACUCAAGUAGAGUCUUUACUCAAAGCUGAGUACUCAGCUGAAGAACAAGCAAACAUCAAUAUGAUCUCCAUUCAGGAUCUGCAAACCCAACUCGACAAUUUGCUUUAAGGUCAUGGCUCAAUUAAUGUUUUUUUGAUUUCUGCACUUCCUUGGAGGUUUUUUUAUAUAAAGACUUGCUUCUUUUGACUACUUUUUAGCUACUUUACAAGAGUUCACUUUUGAAAAUAAUAUACUCCUAUUUUGUAUCCCCAAGAACUCAUACAACUCGUGGUCUCUACAUUCAUUUACGGUCCAAGCUUGUAGAUCUUAUGCUUAUAUAUAAACUAGUUGUCAAGUUCUUGUUCGCUUCCUCGCUUUGUCGAUGACAGUAUAAAUACAGACCAUAAAACCU